AUGAUGGAUACUUCUCCCGACGGAGGACCCAGCAAGGUGGUGCAGCAUGGCGGUGUCGAGUACAAUGUGAUCAAAGAAGGAUUAGCGCACAUUCUGAAUCCCCGAGCCCAGGAGGCCGCGUCCAAGGGCACACGGAGAGAUCUCACCGACAGCGAUGAGAGCCAAUCUGUAUUUUACAACCCAAUUCAACAAUUCAAUCGAGACCUGAGUGUGCUUGCUAUUCGCGCAUACAGUGAACAUGUGGCCGACGUGAAAAGGCAAAAGGCGGACCAGAAAUCAAAGAGACGCCCCUCGAACAACGGUGCCAACCAAGGAAUGAAGCGCAAGCGCGAGGAUUCACCGAACGAAAAGGCCUCAAACGCAACAGCUCGAAAGGGAGAAGGAGAUAAGGAGGGCAAAUCAGCCGCCCGGCCGACGAGCGAAGAGACUGCUACAACUACAUCUGUGCCUCCAACCGAACCUUCGGAAUCCAAGCCCGACACAACCACUACCACUACUGCCGCCGCCUCCACCCCCGCUACUCUUCCGUCCCAGUUCACCGUUCUCGAUGCUCUCUCCGCCACCGGACUGCGCGCUCUGCGAUAUGCCUCUGAAUUGCCCGUCGUGACCAAAGUGGUGGGCAACGACCUCUCUGAAUCAGCCAUCAAGUCAAUGAAGACCAACAUCGCGUACAAUAAACUAGAGGACCGUAUCCAGCCAAACCUCGGUGAUGCCCGCGCCUACAUGUACCGCGCCUGUGGUGAUCCCUCUCGCAAGUUUGAUGUGAUUGAUUUGGAUCCCUAUGGCACCGCGGCUCCCUUCCUGGAUGCAGCCCUGCAGGCUGUCAAGGAUGGCGGUCUCCUGUGUGUUACAUGCACAGACGCUGGAGUCUGGGCUUCCACGGGGUAUGCGGAGAAGGCGUUCUCCCUCUACGGCGGGAAUCCGGUCAAGGGCCUGCAUUCGCAUGAGGCUGGUCUGCGCUUGAUUCUGAACAGUCUGGCCAUGUCGGCGGCCAAGUAUGGUAUCGCCAUUGAGCCAUUGCUCUCGCUCUCGAUCGACUUCUACGCUCGUGUCUUUGUGCGGGUGACUCGCUCCCCGGCUCAAGUCAAGUUCACAGCAAGCAACUCCAUGGUGGUGUACAACUGCGAUUCCGGAUGCGGCGCAUGGAGCAUUCAGCCUCUCGCCGCGUCCCGAGAGAAGCUCGAUCGCAACGGCCGGCCUGUCUACCACUUCAAGUUGGCCCAGGGUCCGACGGCCAACACUUACUGCGAGCACUGCGGCUUCAAGACGCAUCUCGCAGGGCCCAUGUGGGCUGGUCCACUCCAUAACCCACACUUUAUUCAGCGUAUUUUGGACACGCUGCCCAAACUCGACCCAGAGGUCUAUCAGACAAUCCCUCGUAUCGAGGGCAUGCUGACCACCGCCAUGGAAGAAGACCUGGAUUUGAGUCCUGCUCUGACAAAGCCCAGCGCUCAGCAGCCAAACCAGAACCAACACCAAAAUCCACCCCCUAAAUCGUCCAAUACAGACUCGACUGGAUCCCAGCAAGCCCAGGAACAGACCGAUUAUCCAGCCAUCAUCCCCCGCGUCAAUCCGGCCCUCCACGAGCCAUACCCCUUCUACUUCUCCCUGAGCGCUCUCUCCAAAGUUCUCCAUUGUUCGACUGUCCCACAAGAUGAGUUCCGAGGCGCCCUGCGCUCCGUCGGAUAUCGCUCGACUCGCAGCCAUGCAAAGCCCAACUCGAUCCGCACGGAUGCCCCCUGGAGCGUGAUCUGGGAAGUCAUGCGGGAGUGGGUCCGUCAACAUUCUCCCGUGAAGGAAAGUUCUCUGAAGCCCGGGACUGCCGGUGCAGCUAUCAUGGCGAAGAGCCGGGAGAAUCUGCGCAAGAGCACCACAACCACCAUGACCACCACCGAUGGGCAGAGUCAAGAUCCCUGGCUUGCACAGCUCAAGAACGACCUUCUUGCUGCAGUCGAGUCCGGAAGGGAUAUCACUGAUUUGGUCACCAAGGUCGAGGCUUCUUUGUAUCGAUCUGGAUCUCGCCAAUCAUUUAUCUCGCCACCACAGCAGCAGCAGCAGCAGCGGGAGGAGGAAGAGCUGGAGGAAGAAAAGGAAAAGGGGAAGAGGAAGAAUAAGAAGGAAGCCACUUCCGUCGAGGAAAACACCAAUUCAACCACCCCGACCCAACCCUCCACACACCCCAGCACGCUUGAAGUCAAAUUCGACGCGGCUCUCGGCCGGGAAGCUUCGGCGGCUCAUUCCAAGAAGCGUCUUGUGCGGUAUCAGCUUAAUCCCCGUGCGAAUUGGGGUCCUUUGAAUCGCGCGGCUGUAAAAAUUCGAAGUGGCGGUGAAAUCGAUGCUUGA